UCUGUUUGUUCAAAACAGAUGACGAAGGAACAGCUUGCCAAAUUGUGCAAGACAAUUGUAACCUUCAUCGCACAGACCACCCUGCAGAUCCUGCUGCCAGCCCUGGCCCGCGUACUUGGGGUAAAGGACUUUGCUGACGACGACACUGACUCACCCAAGAGGGGUGGUAGUGCAAGAUCCUUUGCUGCCUUUGACAAGGAAAGACUGGAGCUCAUCCAGGAAGUUAGAUAUCUGGCGAAGAAAAUGUAUAAGGGCGGCACAGGGGCUCAACAUCUCAGGUCCCUAACACCCUCUUCUAAGAGUUCCCAGACCUCAGUGAAAGUCCACCUGGGAAUGACAGAGGACAGAAUCAUCAAAAGUGUCCAGGAGCAACUGUCUGAUCAUAAUAUCCUGUCCUCUUGCCCACCUGAGCUGACUGUUGGUCUUAUCAAGGUGGUGGUCGAACAGCUUAACUCUGCCCUCUCUGCGACCAUCAGCAGAGCCAUUUCAGGGCGGUCCUCCCCUAUUUCUUCUGGUACCCAGGCCGCUGAACAAAUGGUCAACAUGGUCCAGAAAUGUUUUGAUGAUCACACCACCCCAGAGGACCAGAGCUCUACCUCUGUAUUAGAGUCAUGCAUUCCACCUGCAACAGAAGAAGUGAUGACUGUUAUCGCAGAGAUGGUGGGUGAAUUGGAAAAAGAAGAUCCGGAAUUGGCUAAGGUUUUUCGAGAAGUGGCUGUGAAAGUUAAAAUGUUGGCAUCUGGCAGUGACCUUGUAGUGGAGCACCUGGAUGUUGAAGACUCUCCUGUUCCAGAGGAGCUGAACAUAAUAUGUACAUCUUGCAAAGCAAUGAUGCAAAAUCUUGGCACUCUGUUUAGUGUGAAGUUCAAGACCAAAGCCUCAAAGGCUGUGAGUGAAAUUCUUGUGAGAAUGUUAAUGAGCGAUAUCUCUGGUAUGGUUCAACCUUCUCAUUCGUUUAGUACCACUCCAAGCUUGAUGAAUGCAUCUAGCCCAUCUGACAGGAUCCUUGAUUCUGCGGCCACUGAGCUCAUACAGAUCAAAGUAGAAUCUGAGGACAUCAAAAAUAAUUGA